AUGGAGCCGCAGAACGAAACGGAAGAAGAAGGAGAGCGAUUCGAAGAAGCGAUGGGAGCGUUGGAAGAGAGUAAAGAGAAAGCAGCGGAGAUGAGCCGUAAGGAGAAGCGAAAAGCGAUGAAGAAAUCGAAGAGGAAGCAAAUUAGGAAGGAGAUAGCGUCGAAAGAGAGAGAAGAGGCGGAAGCGAAGUUAAACGAUCCGGUUGAGCAGGAGAAGCUGAAGGCGAUUGAGGAAGAGGAGGAGCGGAAGAGAGAGAAGGAGCUGAGAGAGUUCGAGGAGAGUGAGAGAGCUUGGAGAGAGGCUAUGGAGAUUAAGAGGAAGAAGGAGGAAGAGGAAGAGAGGCGUUGGAAGGAGUUAGAGGAGUUGAGAAAGCUUGAGGCUAGUAGAGAUGAUGAUGAGGAUGGUGAUUAUGAAUAUAUAGAAGAAGGGCCUCCAGAGAUUAUAUUUAAGGGUAAUGAGAUUAUUCUCAGGAAGAACAAAGUGAAGGUUCUAAAGAAAUCAGUAGUUAAAGUGGAUGGAAAUGAGAUUGGUGAUAGGCCUACAUCAAAUCCUCUACCUCCCGGAACUGAAGCUUUGUCAAAGUAUCAGAAUGUUAGCUCUGCUCAACAGAUUCUGGAUAGUGUUGCACAAGAAGUACCCAACUUUGGAACUGAGCAGGAUAAAGCUCAUUGUCCUUUCCAUUUGAAGACUGGAGCUUGUAGGUUUGGCCCGCGUUGCAGCAGAGUUCAUUUCUACCCUGAUAAAUCGUGCACUAUACUUAUGAAGAACAUGUAUAAUGGUCCUGGCAUUGCUCGGGAACAGGAUGAGGGGCUUGAGUAUACAGAUGAGGAAGCUGAACAAUGUUACGAAGAGUUUUAUGAAGAUGUUCAUACGGAGUUCCUGAAGUAUGGAGAACUUAUUAACUUCAAGGUAUGUAGAAAUGGCUCACUCCACUUGAAGGGCAAUGUGUACGUACACUACAGAUCACUGGAAUCAGCUAUUCUUGCCUACCAGUCCAUUAAUGGUCGAUAUUUUGCUGGUAAACAG